AUGGGUGCUGAGAACCUCAAAAGGUUCUACAGCUGCAACAUCGAGAGCAUCAAUGCCUGGUGUGUCUCUCUCUCUCUGUGUGUCUCUCUGUGUCUCUCUCUCUCUGUGUUUUUCUCUCUCUGUGUGUGUCUCUCUCUCUGUGUGUGUGUGUGUGUGUGUGUGUGUGUGUGUGUGUGUGUGUGUGUGUGUGUGUGUGUGUGUGUGUGUGUGUGUGUGUGUGUGUGUGUGUGUGUGUGUGUGUGUGUGAGUGUGUGUGUGUGUGUGUGUGUGUGUGUUUGUGUGUGUGUGUGUGUGAGUGUGUGUGUGUGUGUGUCUGUGUGUGUGUGUGUCUGUGUGUGUGUGUGUGUGUGUGUGUGUGUGUGUGUGUGUGUGUGUGUGUGUGUGUGUGUGUGUGUGUGUGUGUGUGUGUUCUCUCUCUGUGUGUGUCUCUCUGUCUCUCUUUGUGUGUGUGUGUCUCUCCCUCUCUGUGUGUGCCUCUGUGUGUGUGUGUGUGUGUGUGUGUGUGUGUGUGUGUGUGUGUGUGUGUGUGUGUGUGUGUGUCUCUCUCUGUGUGUGUGUGUGUGUGUGUGUGUGUGUGUGUGUGUGUGUGUGUGUGUGUGUGUGUGUGUGUGUGUGUGUGUGUGUGUGUGUGUGUGUGUGUGUGUGUGUGUGUGUGUGUGUGUGUGUGUGUGUGUGUGUGUGUGUGUGUGUGACUCU